AUGCCUCUCAUGAGGCGACACCAGAAGAUAUUACCGCUCCACUGGCUGGUGAUAUGCGUCGUCACUAUUUUCGGCAUCCACAUGCUCUUCCAACGUUUAUCGCUCCUUCCGCCCAUGUUUGACGAGAGUCUCGACAUGGAGAUCUGGAGAAAACCUCAGCUACCGCACCUGAGCGGCCGGCAACGGGAGCAGCUGUGUCACGAUCUCAAACUGCGGAUAGUGAAGGCAGUUCGACCGGGGUUGGGCAGCGUACUACCGCUGCUAAUGGAGCCCGACAUUAACCUGCACGUGUUUCACCUGGUGCGGGAUCCACGAGCGGUGGCUAACUCCGUCCUAAAGAAGGAAGGCUGGAUCGACAUGUUUCCUACUUCUAUGAUCUGCGAAAAUAUCCGAGAGAGUCUUCGGGUUCUCCGAGAGUUCAAUAAGACCGAGCUGUUGGAGCAGCGCUACACUUUGGUUAGGUAUGAGGACCUGGUGGCCGACCCAGAGAUGGAAGCCCGCCGACUGUUCCGGCGACUCGGCUUCCGGCUUCCGGAUAACGUUCUGCGCUUCAUUUCUACCCACUCUAAGCGGCACUACACCAGCCCUGCCAUCUUGCGGGAGAAACCAACACUACAGCCUUCAACUACCACCACCAGACGUCCCUCCACCGCUAGAAAACCUCCGAGAAAACAGCUUCUCACUUUCAUUCGAUGGUUGCUGGGAAAAUAUCGCACCGCGACCACAACCACUGAGGCGGGCCCGAUCAUUAUACCCACCUCUGCUCCCGAUGUGCACGACUAUUUCGGAACGGUACGAGACGCGUCGUUCAAUGGAUUGCAGUGGUUGGAAGAGCUGCCUUUGGAGAAAAGACGAGAGGUGGAGAGUCACUGUGGGGAUGUGUUGGCUGAUCUAAAUUACCCUCUGGUGUACAGCCAGGAGAGGGUGGACAAUCUAACAGACGCAUCACUGGAGAGGGUGGGAAUACUGACAGAAGUAUCACAGGAGACUGUGGACAAUAUAACAGAAGUAGGGUAG